ACGAUGUCCUUCCAACCGGCGUUUAACGCCAGGUUGAUCGCCGAGGUAAAGAAAUAUCCAUGUCUUUACAACCACGCUAAGCGUGGCAGUGGAGACACGCUAGAACGGAUGCGAAUUUGGGAGAAAAUUGCCGCAGCCGUCGACAGCAACUGUUCCGGCGAUUUUGCCAAGAAACGUUGGUUGCAACUACGAGAUCGGUACCGGAAAGAGCUCAAAACAGCGAUUAAGCAGAACUUCGUUGCCCCAGUUCGGUGGUGCUACUUCUCGCAUUUAUCCUGGCUCGACCCUUACCUGAAGGAUAACCUAGUGCUGACAGCCUGUGAAGGGGGAUAUGGAGAGAGUAACGACGGGUUUCCCGUCGAUGUCUUUGGCAUAAGCUCAGUGAAAACAGAGCCAGAUGAUUCUGACUGUGGUCAAUCGUCUUCGUUACUGGAAACAUCCGUAAUUGACCGUCUUCUAGCAUCGACACAUCAGAUCACAGGAUCUCAAAAAGAUGAAAGUGAUGAUCCAAGCGUCGGUGGUUCUGGAGCAGAGGAAGAAAUGAAGGUCGACUGUGGAAAAACACAAUCGCCUCCAAAAGAACCCAAUGACAGACGAACCGAGAAAGGCGAAGUAGGACUAGGGGCAUCUCACCUGCAGCAAUCAUUGUCCUCAUCAGUUCUGAAAAAUCAACUAAUGACUCGUUACCAGCAAUUAGAACAGGCGAUGAUCAAGCAGGCAGUAAAUGUUGGAAAAAGCGUUAUGGAUUGGAUGAAUGACGAAGACUUUCUGUACUGCAGAAUUAUCGGAGUGAGGUUGAAGAAGAUGGAACCCAGAAAGAGGAAACGGAUCAGAGCUCAGAUCAUGAGCCUUCUAGAAGAGUCCGAGAAUGAAAUGGAAGAAGAUGAUGAUUCUAUGAGUAGUCCUAACAUGGAUGGUGGCGAAUCCUCGGGCUAUGACCAUUCGUUGCUGGACGGAACAAAUGAACAUUAG